CUUGUUUGUUGUCAUAAAUCCUGUCAAAGCUGUCAGGCUCGCUUCAGAAUGGACGUUGAUGACCAAGAUUCACUCUCAGAGCUCACUUUGCGCGCCAAAUGGCUCGUGGAGAUUGAGCAGCAUGUCGCUCGCUUUCUGCCCCUGCCGACCACGACCACCACAACCACAGCGACCACGACCACGAUGACACACACGUCGACUGGCGCUACGGGUCUGGCUGCAGACAUUGCAGCGACGAUCGAGCGACUGGUGCUUGGCGCGAAUCAUUCGCACGCAACCGCCACUGCGGCGGCGUUGGUGGCUCGUCCGCCGUUCGUUUCGCUCCGGCGGCUGUGCGAGAUGGCUGCGUCGUAUGGAUUGCCGACCUGCGGAUCGCUCUUAGCGGGGCAACCGACCGAUGGACCACCGUCCCAUUCUUCAGCUCGAAUCUCUCUCUCGCAGUCGUCUCAGUCGCAAGCCUCCUUCUCGCAGCAGACAUUCGACGACUUUUCGCAAAUGCUCGAGGUCGAUCGCACACUGGCUUCAGCUCCGCUGGACGGAGCCAAUCCUUUCCAGAUGGCGCCAGUCGUUGUUGGUUACCUGUCCACCUGCGGUUUUCCUGGCGCUUCGCAGCAGCAGCCAUUAGAGCAAACGGGCGCUUUAUAUCUCAGUGAUGGCUCUGCUUGCAUUCCGAUCGAAGUGGUGCCGGACUGUGUGUCUGACAGCGUCAUCGACACCAUUGUCAUCGUGCCUUCCUGGAAUCUGAUUCCGAGCGAGAAUUUCCCCCUUCGGCUGACCACCGAUCCAUCUCGCGUCUCGUUGGCGUACUUGGAGGCCAAGAGUGUCAUUGAAGCAGUGCAGCCAAAACACAACUCGUCGUCCUUUGACUAUUCACAGCUUUCCGUGUUGUCUGUUUCACGAGCCGCUCGUCUCUUGUCCAAAAAGGACUUGCACGGACAAAUGCUCCACGUUGGUGGCGUGGUAUCGGCCCUUAGCCCUGUCCACAAGCUGCCUGGUCGACCAGGGUUUUUCAUGAUGCAACUUUCCACGGAUAGUCCCACGGGAUUGAUGCAUCCACCCAAUGAAGAGGCCACCGUGGUGUUCCAAGGCGACAACUUGCUUUACUACCACAAUUUGCUUCGGAUAAGGCGGCCCUGUGUUCUGACGAAUUUGGUGUGCGCUGUCAUGUUUCGUGGCCAGCCGAAUGAGCGACGCAUCUUGGCUGCCACUGCUGCAAAGCCUUUGAGCUCGGCCAGUGAUAUUCACAACGACAACGGCACUCGUAUUGCCUCGGUAUCGUUGCUUGAACUGGCGCAAUUAGUGGAUCCAAACGACCUCGCUGAACCUCCCGACGUUUCGGUGCCGUCCCCCCGCGCAUGUUCCUUACCAUCUGCUUCUCCUUCUGCCAAGAAGGCCGGAGUGCUCAUUUCCUAUCGUGGAAUCAUCACCAAAGUGGUUGAUGCUGCUGUGGGCAUGUACGAGCUCGACCAGUGCACACUUUUGCUGACCGGCCUUCAGCCCAACCCACACUUUGGCCGCGGGCUGCGAGUCGGGGCAAGCAUAUGCGUUCACAACGCCCACAUUGCACUGGAAGGCUCUGUUCGAACGGGCUUUGCACUUUGCACAUUUGGCUCGAUCGAAAUCUGCUCCUUUUCCCGCUUGCGCGCUCCGUACGAGCCGUUCGUCGCUCAACUCAGUCCGUACUGCAGGCAACUCAAGCGGUGUACCGUGUCAGACUUUUUGUGGAUAUUGCGCACUGCACGUCAGUUUCAAGCGAAAAUUCCUCCUUCACUUCUUCCUCUGUCUGCCUUCUUGGGUUCUCCACCUUCUUCUGCCUCUACCGGUGCUUUGCUGAGGGACGCGGAGGCUCCUAUGAAACUAGAGUCGGGAAAGGCCAUUGUAGAGCAGCUGAUUGAGAUGCAACACUGGACCACGUUAGGCGCGCGCGACAUUUACGCUGAAUUUUGUACUGGAAAGCUCCAGCACUCGUGCCCCGCCUGGGCUCCGUCGAACGGCACUGGCGUAUUUCCGACGUUUCCGUCCAUCUUUGGUUUAUCGCAGCUGUUGCCAGACUCGACUCAAGAGAAUGCGAGCGGCGCGUUGGAUUGGUGGUCGUGCCGGAUUAUCAACCAUAGCGAAUGCGGGCAGGGCAAUGCUGUGCUCGUUGGUGCCUUAACGGCGAGCACUUCCGCCUUGGGCGAGGCAGCUUGUCCCGCUGGAGGCGAAGCGUCGGGCGCCGCGGCGGCGUCGCUUGGCUGUGGAGAGCUUUGGUUUGCAGAUGCCACAGGCUGCCUUCCUGCCUUGCUCAAGGGUGCCGUACAACCCGAGCACAUUGGUGGCGUUUGGGCAAUCUCAGACUACCGGUUGGUUAUUGAGACAUUUCAGCCAGACUCGAUUGCCAGCACCACGACAGCGGGCGUCGUUCGACGACACGCGCUUGAUGCAGAUGUGGCGAGCUUGCCGCUUCACUUCCGGUACAUCGAGUUUUCUCUGGCCGACGCGACUCGGCUUGGUCAACUUCAAGAGCCUCCUCGAUUGUCUAUUGACCACAGUAAUAGGACCAGCACUGAAAUGGUGAUUCUCGUCAAACUACGUCGGUUACCUCUUGCUCAACACGACCAUCUGGUGAUUGACGCGCAGUGCAUCGAGUUGUUUUCUUCGUCUGAUUUGGACGUGAACUUAACCCCCGGUCGGCCGCUUAAACUCUCCCUCGAUGGAUUUGAAGUGCUGGCCUCAAGACACCUGUUCACGCCGGGGUCGCUCGUCUACCUCGGUGGUGCGCAUUGGUCGAGCGAUGGCGCAACGCUCCAUCUCAGCACCACCUCAGUCGUCAAGUCUUACCAACUCGACCAAGUCUCUCCAGAUCGGCUAGAACUCUCCCAAAAGCUAGUCACAGAGUGUCGUGCCGAGCUCGAGCGACAACUGGAGCCCCUGAAUCGUAUCUUGAGCUCUCAACAUGUCAAACGCGCCAAAUCCGAGACGUCUGACGUUGUCGUCUCCUUUGACGCCGUCCUUAUUCAUCGCGAUGCUCGUCAGAACACCGGAUACCGCACACACCCAGUGUUUCGAACGAAUGCUAUUGUGCUGAAAGUGAUUGAUCGGUCGUAUGUGGCGGCCACUACGCUUGCCAGCCCUCCUCCUCGCGCGCUCGCCAUCUACUUGGAUCCGCAUCGGUACAACUACCCACUGGGACUUGUGCCUGGCGCAAUUCUUCGCCUGCGCCACUGGACUCUCAAAAUUUCCACCACCACAGGCAACGUUUACUGCACCGCUGGCCCUGACUCUGACUUGACGGUCGCGUCGUUUUUACCCGGACCUUUGCCGUUUGUCAUCCGCUCCGGACUUGUAGUGGCCAAUAGCGGGAUGGACAACGACGAAGGCAACGGACAGCCUCGCGGAACCGCGUCCGUGCCAGCCACCCUUCACCUCCCUGGCGAGAUGGCAGCUGCCUUUGACUUGCGUACUGUUGCUGCUGGCGCUGGCCUGAGCGACACCUUUGGACCUCACCAUACGCAUGCAUGCGAUGCAUCGUUGGCCUCGAUUUCCCAAUCAGCGGCGUCGGUUGUGCGCGUGCGUUGCACUCUCGUGUCCAUCAACGCGGUCCAACUCAAGUGGAUUUGUGCCGCGUGUGAGCAAACGAUUGUCGGGGAUGGCUCUUGUCCUUCACGUUGCCCAGGCGCCACAAAGACGUUUUCUGCUUCCGCCACUUGCAUCAUCGAUGAUGGGACGGCUGAAGCGACCUUGUUUGUCUACGACCAGCUUGUGCUCACCCUGCUGCGCGCUUCAAGUCCUGUUAUCUCUGCGCUGCAUCGGAUUUGCAUGAGUGUUGGAUGGAUUCGGUUUGUUCCGAGCGCAUUCUUGCCGACAGCCACUGACGACAACGACAAUACGGAUGGAAUGCCGGACGGUUCCUUUCAUCCUGGAUUUCUUGGCGACGGCCAUGCCGCAGGUUCUCCUACUGGCAACGACGAUGACGAAGCCGAGCCGAACCAACAAACGGAAUUCUUUCGAGGAGAUUCAGAUGGUCACGCUUUCUUACACUCUCUCGUGACCGCUGCCACUGUGUCGAGACAGCUCGUGCUGAUUGCUCGGCAAUAUUCUCCCUCACGCCUUCUGCGAGGAAGUGCUGCGUUGGUCGCACCUCUCGGUCAAGAAACGCGAACCAUUUUGCUGAAUGGCUCGUACUUUCCAACCAUGAUUCAGCCUCGCAUUAGCGUUCGCGCUCUUGAGCUCGCCGACGUGGCGACAAACUCUGAGGCCCGCAGGCUACUCCGAGUUCUCCAAAGCGGGAAAGAAGGGGCCGAUGCUCGUUGAUGUGUUGAUGAGUGGUCUAGGAAACAAAUAGACCUCCG